AACACAAGUACACAACCUUCGCUCACUUCUUCGUGUUCCUGGUCGGUGACUAAAAACCCAAUAACUAUUAAAUUCUGAAACACCCAAAACCCUAGAAAUUCAAAAUCCUAGUGACUCGGACUCAAACUCAGUCUUCACUGGGCGAACCCAUUUGCAAGAUCCGCAAUACCCAAAUGGGUCGACCCGAACCCUACGUCUUGUUCUCCCAGACCUUCAAUCAUCCCCAUCUCGACGAGUACGUCGACGAGGUAUUAUUUUCUGAACCCAUUGUAAUCACUGCCUGCGAGUUUCUCGAACAAAACGCUUCUUCGGCCUCUCAAGCUGUAACUCUUCUUGGGGCUACUUCACCACCUUCAUUUGCUUUGGAAGUAUUUGUUAAAUGUGAGGGGGAAACAAGGUUUAGGCGUCUCUGCCUGCCUUUUCUUUAUUCUCAUUCUUCAUCUAAUGUGCUAGAAGUAGAGGCUGUUGUAACUAAUCAUCUGGUUGUAAGGGGCAGCUACCGUAGUCUAAGUUUAAUCAUAUAUGGAAACACGGCAGAGGAUUUGGGGCAGUUCAACAUUGAAUUUGAUGAUAACUCGCUGAGAAAUUUAGUUAGUUCUGCUGAGGGAAAGCUUGAAGAUCUCCCUCUGGCAUUGCACUCAACUAACCUGACAAUUGAGGAUUCUAUAUUCUCUCUGAAUGCGUUAUCCCUUCCAGUUGUUGCAUCAGAUAUAUCUGUUGAGGUUAAGCAGUUCUUACAGAUGUUGUUGAAGAUUUUAGAGUUGUCGAAACUUGGGGAUGCAGUGGAUAAAACUGUAAGUAUUGUGGUUUCAGCAGCCUCUUCAUAUGUUACCCGUGACUUAUGUUAUGCCGGAAACAGUCAGAAAAAUCUUACACGAGGCAAGUCAAAAGAAUGUGAGGAACUGCAUGGUGUCAUCAGUGAGGCCAGAGAAGAGCUUCUUGAGCUCUUUAAAGUACUUCAACAUGAAUCAGGGAGUGGAUCUACUGACUCGUUGGCAGGAUGCAUUUUUCUUGAUUAUGAGGCUGAUCUGGUUAAUUCCAAGGAGUUGGUUGAUUUGUUUAGCCAGUACUUUGAGUUUAGCAAGAACUCCUCAAGUUUUGGACACCAACAGCUUUCACAGGAAAAAAAUGUUAUUCUGGGGUUGAGCGUGGCUCUCUUCCUGUGCUCUAGUAGAGAGAGCUGCUUUCACUUUGUCAAUAGUGGGGGAAUGGAGCAGCUUGCACACCUUUUUUGCCAUGACAGGCAGAAUUCUACUGCCAUCACAUUGCUGCUACUUGGAGUUAUUGAGCAGGCUACUCGGUAUUCAAUUGGGUGUGAGGGAUUUUUUGGUUGGUGGCCUCGUGAAGAUGAAAAUGUCCCUUCUGGUAUUAGUGAAGGUUAUAGUCAACUGUUGAAGUUGUUAUUACAAAAACCACGUCAUGAUGUUGGUUCUCUUGCAACUCAUGUCCUCCACCGCCUAAGAUUUUAUGAAGUUGCUUCAAGAUAUGAGUGUGCAGUUCUGUCUGUUUUGGGAGGCCUCUCUUCUGUCACUAGGGUUACCAGUGUGACCUUAAACAUGCUUAUCAGUGCUAAAUCUCAACUUAAGAGGCUCCUGAAGUUGAUAAAUUCGCGUGGUCCAAUUGAAGAUCCUUCUCCAGUGGCCUGUGCAAGCAGAUCAUUGAUUCUUGGCCAAACAGAAGGAUUAUUGUCAUAUAAAGCAACCAGUAGCUUGAUUGCUUCAUCAAAUUGUUGUUUUUCAAAUUGGGAUAUUGACUUGCAUUUGCUGGAACUUCUUAAGGAGAGGGGAUUUCUUCCGUUGUCAGCUGCACUGUUGUCAUCAUCAAUAUUGCGUUCAGAAGUUGGACGUACUAUGGACGUAUUUGUUGAUAUUGCAUCGUCAAUUGAGGCCUUAAUUUUUUCACUUCUUUUUUGUCGCUCAGGCUUAAUAUUCCUACUAAAUCACCCUGAACUUUCAGCUACAAUAAUUCAUGCUCUAAGGGGUGGUGAUGAUGUAAAUAAGGAAGAAUUUCUUCCCCUUCGGUAUGCAUCCAUUUUAAUAUCAAAGGGUUUCUUUUGCAGUCUGCAGGAAGUUGGCAUGAUUGUAGGGGUGCAUUUGAGGGUGGUUAAUGCCAUAGAUCGUUUGCUUACAUCAACUCCACACUCUGAAGAAUUUUUAUGGGUAUUGUGGGAACUUUGUGGUCUGUCUAGGUCUGAUUGUGGUCACCAGGCUCUGUUGGCUCUUGGAUACUUUCCGGAGGCUGUUUCAGUUUUAAUUGAAGCAUUACACUUUGUCAAGGACUCAGAGCCAGAUGCCAAGAUCAGUGGUGUUUCACCGCUAGAUCUUGCAAUAUCUCACUCAGCCGCUGAGAUUCUUGAAGUUAUUGUUACUGAUUCAACAGCAUCUACUCUUUCUUCUUGGAUUGGACAUGCUUUAGAAAUCCAUAGGGCUCUACUUUCCUCUUCUCCAGGCUCCAAUAGAAAAGAUGCUCCUACACGGCUGGUGGAAUGGAUAGAUGCUGGUGUAGUUUAUCAUAAAAAUGGGGCUACUGGUCUUCUACGGUAUGCUGCUGUGUUGGCUUCUGGAGGAGAUGCCCACUUAACUUCAACCAACAUCCUUGUGUCAGAUCUGACAGAUGGUGAGAAUGCCGUUGGAGAAUCUUCCAGUGGUUCUGAUAUCAAUGUUAUGGAGACUCUCGGAAAAUUUAUUUCUGACAAGUCCUUUGAUGGUGUUACCCUUCGGGAUUCUUCCGUGGCACAGUUGACGACAGCGUUUCGAAUUUUGGCAUUUAUUUCUGAGAACUCAACCGUAGCUGCUGUUCUGUAUGAUGAAGGUGCCAUAGCAGUUAUCUACGCAGUUCUGGUUAGCUGCAGGUUCAUGCUUGAGAGGUCCUCAAACAAUUAUGAUUACCUUGUUGAUGAGGGUACAGAAUGCAAUUCUACUUCAGAUUUACUAUUAGAACGUAACCGUGAGCAGAGCUUAGUUGAUCUCUUGGUUCCUUCUUUGGCAUUGCUGAUCAACCUUUUGCAGAAAUUACAGGAAACUAAGGAGCAGCAUAGAAAUACAAAACUAAUGAAUGCCCUUUUACAAUUGCAUCGAGAAGUAAGUCCAAAGCUAGCUGCUUGUGCAGCAGACUUAUCAUCUCCUUAUCCUGUUUCGGCACUUGGUUUUGGAGCUGUGUGCCAUCUUAUUGUGUCAGCACUUGCAUGUUGGCCGGUAUAUGGCUGGACUCCUGGCCUUUUCCAUUCACUGCUAGCUAGUGUUCAUGCUGCCUCAUUGCUGACAUUGGGUCCAAAAGAAACCUGCAGUUUGCUGUGUCUUUUGAAUGAUUUAUUUCCUGAAGAAGGCAUCUGGCUUUGGAAGAAUGGAAUGCCCUUGUUGAGUGCCUUUAGAACAUUAGCUAUUGGGACGUUAUUGGGACCUCAGAAGGAGAGACAGGUCAAUUGGUAUCUGGAGUCUGCACACCUUGAAAAGCUGCUUAGCCAAUUAACACCUCAGCUUGAGAAACUUGCCCAGAUUAUCCAACAUUAUGCCAUAUCUGCAUUGGUGGUCAUUCAAGACAUGCUGCGAGUUCUAAUAAUUCGUAUCGCUUGCCAAAAUGCUGACAACGCUUCUUUACUUCUGCAACCCAUAUUAUCAUGGAUUCGUGAUUGUGUUUCUGAGUCAUCUUCUCCAUCAGACACAGAUGCUUACAAGGUUUACAGAUUACUUGAUUUUCUUGCUAGCUUAUUGGAGCAUCCCUGUGGCAAGGCACUAUUGUUAAAGGAAGGUGCUGUUCUGAUGCUCACACAAGUGUUGGAUAGGUGUUUUGAUUCCUUUGAUGUGGAUUCAAAACAGAUUCUAGAUAGUAAAUAUUCAGCUAAAUAUGGGUUUACUUUGCUUAGUUGGUGUGUCCCUGUAUUCAAGUCCUUCUCGCUGCUUUGUAAUGCAAGAACACCACGACAAUAUCCUGGCAAACUCAAUUUGCAUAAUUGUGGAAAUUUGAGUACUGAAGACUGUUCACUGAUUUUAUGUUAUCUCCUUAAGUUUUGUCUGGUUCUGCCAGUUGGAAAAGAGUUACUUGCAUGUCUUACAGCCUUUAGAGAAUUAGGUUCUUGCAAUGAAGGUCGGAGUGCUCUGGCAGCUAUUUCCUUUCGUAUCCAAUCUACUAAUCAGGAACUUGAAUCAGAUAGAGGACAUGAAAGGGAUGAGAAUUAUAAUCUUUUUAGUGAAUUUGAGUGGAGAAGGCGCCCCCCUUUGCUAAGUUGCUGGAAGAAGUUGUUGAGAUCAGUUGAUGUAAAAGAUGAUUUGUCAACUAAUGUGAUUGAGGCUGUGGAUGCAUUGUGUUGGGGUGCUUUGCACUUUUGCAUGGAUGGGAAAAGUGGUGUUGCGUUGAAAUACCUUUUUGGGCUUCCUGAUGAUAUGUCGGGAACUGAUGGCUUUUCUGAAGAGAACAUUAAUUACAUACAGGAAUUGAUUACUCUAUUGAGGUCAAAGAUCUCUGCUGAUGACCAUGCAGCCACUUCUGACAUGGAUGCCACUUUGAAUCAGGUUACAAAGUCUACAGAGUCAUUGUUGUCAUUGUUGCAGAAGCCUACUGGUUCAGUUAAGGUGGAUGAUAUUGUUGUACCUUUGUUGCCGAAUGAUGUUUUGAUAUCAUCAAAGAUACAUCGGCUGGCAAAUGGCAGCGCCAUAAAGGAUGAUGAUUAUCUUAACCUAGGAGUACUUGGAGAUAAAUUCCUGUGGGAAUGUCCUGAUGAUAGAUUGUCACAGACAUCAAUUUCUGGAAAGAGGAAAGUGUCUUCUGUGGAUGGUACAAGUAAGCGUGCUAGAGGAGAAAAUUCACCGGCUGAAGUCACUCCCCAGGGUGCAUAUUCACGGGGACUGGGUCCUUCUAAUACCCCUUCUGGUUCUACUCGCAGGGAUAACUUCAGGGGGCGGAAACCAAAUACCAGCAGACCGCCUUCUAUGCAUGUUGAUGACUAUGUUGCAAGAGAAAGAAAUAUUGAUAAUUCUAGUAAUUCUAAUGUAAUUGCUGUGCCACGAUUGGGAUCUACUGGUGGAAGGCCUCCCUCUAUACAUGUGGAUAAGUUUAUGGCCUUAGAAAGGGAACGGCAGAAUCCUGUGGCGACAGUUGUUGGGGAGGCAGCAGCACAAGCGAAGGACAUAGCUCCUGCAAAUGGCACAGAAGUGGAGAAGUUCAACAAAUCUAAGCAAUUGAAAACAGAGCUAGAUGAUGAUCUUCAGGGAAUUGAUAUAGUUUUUGAUGAAGAGGAGUCUGAAUCUGAUGACAAAUUGCCCUUUCCUCAGCCAGAUGAUAAUCUACAGCAGCCUGACCCUGUCAUAGUUGAGCAGAGUUCUCCCCACUCUAUUGUUGAAGAGACAGAGAGUGAUGUUAAUGAAAAUAGCCAAUUUUCUCACUUGGGUACACCAAUAGCAUCUAAUGUUGAUGAAAACACCCAAAGUGAGUUUUCUUCAAAGAUGUCAGUUUCACGUCCUGGAAUGCCAUUGACUCGAGAACACAGUGUCUCUUCAGAUAAAAAGUAUUUUGAGCAGUCUGAUGAGACCAACAAUGUUUUCCAAGUGAAGACCUCCAUUGGAUUUGAUUCUGCAGCAGCAAGUAGUUCUGGGUUUGCUGCCUCUGUUUACAAUAGUGCAUCAGCGUCAUCUGUACAAUUACCAGGCGAGUCUAGGAUAGCCCCACAAAAUACCUAUCCAAAGAACAGCCCACAGCAUGCUGUUAAUGUACCUCUAGCUACAGGAUCUCAGGGACUUUAUGACCAGAGAUUUCGGCCAAACCAACCACCUUUACCUCCAAUGCCACCUCCACCAACAAUCUUGCCGGUUCAGUCAGAUUACAGUUCAACGUCUUCCCUUCCCAUGCCAGAUUCUAAGUAUUCCAGGACUUCUAUCUCUUCUCCCAGUGGAUCUGCAAGGCCGCCACCACCACUUCCUCCUACACCACCUCCAUUUUCCAGCCCCUACAAUUUAACGUCCAUUAAAACUUCUACAUCCCAAUCCUCAGUAUACAAUCAGACAAGUGUGGGAACAACUUAUCCACUACCUCCCUUGAUGCCAUCCUUGGCUUUCAAUAGGCCGGGUUCAAUUCCCAUGAAUCUCUAUGGAAGUUCCCCAAAUCAGCAGCUGGGUGAGAACCCACAAAGUAUCUUGCAGAGUCUCAAUAUCCCUCAGUCUUCCAUUCCAUCAAUUCAUUCCAUUGCUCAGUUGCAGCCACUGCAGCCCCCGCAGCUUACACGUCUGCCACAUCCACCACAGCAUCCUAGGCCACCUAUUCAAGCCUCACAACAGUUAGAACAAGGGGUGUCUAUGCAAAAUCAAACUCAAAUGCAAGUGCAUCCGUUACAGAUGCUGCAACAGUCACAAGUUUCUUCCUUCAAUAAUUAUUAUCAAUCUCAACAAGAGUUUUCACAAGCACAACAACAGCAACAAUUAGAACAUGCUCAACAGCAUGCUCUAUACCAGCAAGGGGAUGUUGGAAUCCAGCAGCAACAAGAUCCAGGAAUGUCGUUACAUGAGUACUUCAAAUCUCCAGAAGCUAUUCAGUCUUUAUUGAGUGAUCGGGAUAAGCUUUGCCAGCUUUUGGAGCAGCAUCCAAAACUAAUGCAGAUGCUUCAGGAAAGGUUGGGUCAGCUAUAGCAUCGUAGUUGAGGAAAUAAAGGAUGUGGAUUAUACUGGUACAGAUGUAUGAGGGAAUUCUCCGAAGAUUAAGUGAUUGUUCUACGUUGUAAGAAUACAAAUGCUUGUUGGCAUUGGCCUUCUGCUGAUCAUGUCUAGUCCGCCAAAUUUUGUAUUAAUAAUGUACUAAAAUACAUGUAUAUUAUGUUUUUAUUUAUUUAUUUAUUAUUUAACUAUUAUUUAA